AUGGUGUCUCCAGCACUGCGCUGGAGCACCAUCCUGAACUGUCGGCCAAGAGUCACCCAUGUUGGAAUUCGGCAAGAGGCAGAGCGAGGGUGUGAGGGGCAGAGGCAGAAACUCUCUGAGAUCAGACAAGGAGGCCUCACCCUCUCCUGGAGCUAUUUAUUGAUGAGGAGCAGAGGGGGGCGGGGCAGCUCCCCGCGAGGGGCAGUGACUGACAGUCGGUGGCCAGCGAGGGCAGUGAUAGGCUGUUCUCUGUGUAUUUACCUGACGUUGCUCGCUCCCAGUGGGAGUGAGAAAGUCUAUCACAGCCGUGACCACUCCGACAUCAGGGAGAGGAUUUGGAUGCGAGCCAGGCCAGUUCUGACCUCCGAGUCAGCCCAGGAAUAUCUAGUGAAAUAUGGUUGGACGAAGCCGGUGAGAUGGGAGCUUCUGGCAUUCCGGGGCGUGACGGUUCCGCUGAACGAUGACCCUCCGCCCCCAGAUAUCUCCGAGCUGCUCUCGGAGGGCCGCUACGCUCGCCGACACAUCCAGGAAGAGGUGCGGCCACAGGAGAUGAAGCCGCAGUACGUCAAUGCCCUCAGAAGCUUCCAGAAAGCCAAUGGGCUGCCUGUCACCGGAAUCCUGGACAUGGCCACCACCGACGCCAUGAACAAGCCUCGGUGCGGUGUUCCUGACCACAAGACCCCAGACAAUGAGCCAGAACCAGACGGGGGGGAGGGUCGUGCCCCGCCCUCUAGAACCACACCUGCUCCUGGCACUGUCUCUAAGGCUGGCCCCACCCAUGGCCCUACCACAGGCCCCACCCCUGCUCCAGGCCCCAUCCCUAGUGCCUACUUCACCCCUGCUGCCGCCCCUGUCCCCAUCCCCGGCCCAGAUCUCGUCCUUGGCCCCACCCCUGAUGUCAUCACCCCGGGCUCUGCCCCCGGCCCCGCUCGGGCAAGGCGGUUCCUACAGCUUGUGUUGGAUGCCGGCAGGUGGCCGCGAGGCUCGGCAGAUUUCCUGGACGCGGCGACUCUGCAGCUGGGCUUCACCAAGACACGGCUGAAAUGGCGGAUCCUGGCCGAGGGCUACAGCUCACAACUGAGUGUGGAGGACCAGCGUCUGAUCCUCAGGCUCGCCUUCCGCAUGUGGAGCGAGGUCACCCCACUCACCUUCCAGGAGGACCUGCUGGCCAGCGGCUCCCACAUCGACAUCAAGCUGGGCUUCGGGACCAAGAGACACCUAGGCUGUUCUCAGGUCUUUGACGGGACGGGCCGUGAGUAUGCCCACGCCUGGCGCUUGGGGAACAUUCACUUUGAUGACGACGAGCACUUUGUGGCCCCGACCAGCACGGAAGGCAUCAGCUUACUGAAGGUGGCGGUGCACGAGAUCGGCCAUGUGCUGGGUUUGCCUCACAUGCAGCGCGCAGGCUCCAUCAUGCAGCCUAACUACAUCCCCCACGCUUCCACCCUGGAGCUGGACUGGGAGGACAGGAAGGCCAUCCAGAAGAUCUACGGCGUGUGUAAGGGGAACUUUAAUACCGUCUUUGACUGGGUUCGCAGAGAGUAUAACCAGUUGGGGGAGGUCACGUACCGCUAUAACACUUAUUUCUUCCGUAAGAGCUGGUACUGGAUGUACGAGAACCGUAAGAACCGCACGCGGUAUGGGGACCCUAUCCCCCUGUCAGUGGGCUGGCGGGGAAUCCCUCCGUCCAACCUGGAUGCCUUUGUCCAUAUAUGGACGUGGAAUAAAGACACCACCCUCUUCUUUAAAGGCACACAGUACUGGCGCUAUGACAAUGACAAUGACCGGGUGUACACGGAGGACUGGAAGGGGAACCGAUACCCCAAGCUGAUCACCCAGGGCUUCCCUGGCAUUGAGGGCCCCAUCGACACAGUCUUCUUCAACAAGAGAGAUCACAUCAUCUACUUCUUCAAGGGAUAUAACGUGACAGCCUUUAACACUGACCAGAAUGCCCGCCUUGACGGCUGGCCAAAGCGCAUCGUGGACGUAUUCCCCCCGGUGGUCCCAGGAGACCACCCACUGGGGAACCUGGACUCCGUCUACUUCUCCUACAGCCUUAGUGCUGUCUUCAUGUUCAAGGAUGCAGAGUUCUGGCGGGUGGUGGGCGAGCGGGACCGGGAAAGGAACUCCUCAUUGCCCCUUAACAGCCUCCUCCCCGCCCGCUCCAUCCACCAGCAGUGGUUCGACAUCUGUGACGGUGAUGCACCCCUCGUCUUCGGCUCCGAGUAGAGGGCGAGUGGUGUCUCCCCCUCACCCCAUCUCUGCCCCUCACCCUGUAUCCCCC